AUGAAACAAGAUGAAUUACCACAUACAACAAUUACGCCAACAAAAGAAGAGCCAAUCCCACCAACACCAGCUGCACCAAUAAAAGAAGAGUUACUUCCACCAACGGCAGUUGGACCAACAAAACGAGAAGAAUUUCCACCUACACCAGUUGUACCAGUACAAGAGGCAUUUGCGCCUGUAGCAAUUCCAUCAGUACACACAAAAGCAUUUCCGCCUGCCAUAGCUACACCAAUAAGUCAAGAUUCUCUUGCACCUACAACAGUUGCACGAAUAAUAAAUCAAGAGCCCUUUCCACCUAUAAAUCAAGAGCCCUUUCCACCUAUAAAUCAAGAGGCUCUUCCACCUAUAGCAGUUGCACCAAUUACAAAUCGAGAGACAAUUACACCUACAAAUGUUGCACCAAUGAAACAAGAUGAAUCACUCUCUAGAGCAAUUUCGCCUAUAAAAGAAGAGCCAAUUCCACCAACACCACUUGCACCAAUAAAAGAAGAGUUACUUCCACCAAUAGCAAUUGCACCAACAAAACGAGAAGAACUUCCACGUACAACAGUUGCACCUGUACAAGAGGCAUUUGCGCCUGUAGCAAUUCCAUUAGUAAACACAAAAGCAUUUCCGCCUGUCAUAGCUGCACCAAUUGGUCAAGAUUCUCUUGCACCUGCAACAGUUGCAACAAUAAUAAAUCAAGAGGCCUUUCCACCUGUAAAUCAAGAGGCUCUUCCACCUAUAGCAGUUGCACCAAUUACAAAUCGAGAGACAAUCAUACCUGCAAAUAUUGCGCCAAUGAAACAAGAUGAAUCACCCCCUAGAGCAAUUUCUCCUAUAAAAGAAGAGCCAAUCCCACCAACACCACUUGCACUAAUAAAAGAAGAGUUACUUCCACCAAUAGCAGUUGGACCAACAAAACGGGAAGAACUUUCACCUGCAGCAGUUGCACCGGUACAAGAGGCAUUUGCGCCUGUAGCAAUUCCAUCAAUACACACAAAAGCAUUUCCGCCUGCCAUAGCUGCACCAAUAGGUCAAUAUUCUCUUGCACCUGCAACAGUUGCAACAAUAAUAAAUCAAGAGGCCUUUCCACCUGUAAAUCAAGAGGCUCUUCCACCUAUAGCAGUUGCACCAUUUACAAAUCGAGAGACAAUCACACCUGCAAAUGUUGCGCCAAUAAAACAAGAUGAAUCACCACCCUCUAGAGCAAUUUCGCCUAUAAAAGAAGUGCCAAUCCCACCAACACCACUUGCACCAAUAAAAGAAGAGUUACUUCCAUCAAUAGCAGUUGGACCAACAAAACGAGAAGAACUUCCACCUACAGCAGUUGCACCGGUACAAGAGGCAUUUGCGCCUGUAGCAAUUCCAUCAGUACACACAAAAGUUUUUUCGCCUGCCAUAGCUGCACUAGUUUAUCAAAAUGCGUUCUCAGCUCCAGCUAGUGCACGAGUAAGUCAAGAGUCUAUUGCACCUGCAACAAUAAUAAAGCAAGAGUCACUUCCACCUGCAAAAGAAGAACCACUUCCACCUACAAAAGAAGAGUCACUUCCAUCAAUGGAUGUGGCACUAGCAAAGCGAGUGUGA